UUCACGUGCAGAAGCGUGGGCGCUACGGCUUCAGCCCUACGAUUUUUCAGUAGUACACGUUCCUGGUUCUGAUAAUAUAUCCGACAUCUUCUCAAGACUUUGUAAUCAGUCGGAUGCGCCCUUUGAUGAAGCGUCAGAACACUACGUUUGCGGAAUUGGUGAAGGACCGUCUGCUAUUACACUAGAUGAGAUCAAAAAAGCAACCGAAUUAGAUGAUACCCUCAAAGGAGUCGUUAAGGCUAUCGAAACGACAGUGUGGCCUCCGAACUUAUUUGCUUACCAGGCUUUUUCCAAGGAAUUGGGAAUUAUAGAUGGCGUUGUCGUGAGAGAUGAACGAAUUAUACUCCCUUCGAAGCUGCGGCCCAGAGCAUUGGAUAUAGCACAUCGAGGACAUCCUGGCGUAGUUUCAAUGAAACGAAAUCUACGAGAGAAGGUUUGGUGGCCCUAUAUGGACCGUGACGUUGAAAAUCGUGUGCAAGAAUGUGCUGGUUGUGCUUCAGUUAGCUUACAAGGAACGCCAGAGCCAAUGCUACGCAAAGAGAUGCCUGACCGUGCGUGGCAGGAUUUGGCAGUGGACUUUUUCUCGGCUAAGGAAUGUGCCACGUUUUUAGUAUUGGUAGAUUACUAUAGCCGAUUUCUAACUGUUAUUGAAAUGAAAGCUACGAAUGCAUCAAAGACCAUCGAGGCAUUGGAAGGCAUUUUUAAAGAGCACACCUACCCAGAAACAAUUCGUGCUGAUAAUGGCCCACCUUUUGCUAGCGAAGAGUUUUCGAACUACUGCAUCCGUAAAAACAUUCGCCUGGUUCGUACCAUUCCGUACUGGCCCCAAAUGAAUGGGCUAGUCGAACGACAAAACCAAGGAAUUCUGCGGACUUUGCGAAUUGCCAGGUCGAUGAAAGAAGAUUGGAGAAAAGCUAUCAGUGAAUAUGUGUAUUCGUACAAUACAACUCCACAUUCUGUCACGGGUAAAUCACCCAUGGAGCUGCUUACAGGAAGACCUGUGAAGGAUCUGUUGCCUUCUCUAAGGACGGAGCCGUACUGGAGGCGUGAUGAGGAAGUACGUGACAAGGACAGCAUCAAGAAAAUGCAAGGAAAGUUGUACGCAGAUAAACGACGACAAGCGAAAAAUUCAGAUAUAGCGGUCGGAGAUACCGUCAUGAUAAAAAAUUACGAUCUGGGCAAGUUGGAACCUAGUUUCCGAUCCGAAAAGUACUCAGUAAUCCAGAGGAGCGGGAGUGAUGUUGUCGUACUGAGCGAAGAUGGGGUUAAAUAUCGACGUCCCGUGGCCCAUUUGAAGAAAUGGCCAACGUCAUGUAAUGGAGACGAUUUUCCACAGCCAAACACUCAGGAACCACGGAGAGCAAUUAUUGAAAACGGAACAGGAGAGCCCGAUUCCAGCGAAGUAACAACCCCGAAGCGACCUAGAAGAUCCGCUAAAUUACCAGCACGGUACAACGAAUGAUCAAAUGAGAUUGAUUGUAUUUUUU